GAUGCCAAAAGGAACAGAAAUUUCAAACUGACAGCCCACGAACACGCUCUACAAACAAACAUGGCCGCCUCUCCUCUUACAGAUACCUAAAAAACACUUCAUACUACACCUAUGGAUCGGGGUAUCUUGGGGCACUGGGCACGGAGGGUAAGAUAACAGUGGGCAUCCCGCAAAUGGGUCUUCCGGCUCCUCCAUAAUGGACCCGGACCUCGCCUAAGGGUGUAAACGGUGAAAGAAUAUAGGUACACCAUUUUGAGGCGGAAGUUGCAUCAGGAUAAAACGUAAAUUUUUUUUCCUUUUUUGUUUGCCAUGCCCAUGAAGAGAAGUGUUUAGAACAAAAGGAAAAAUCAACUCUAAAGGCUUGUCAUAAUGUCAUGAUGCCAGGCAAUUGUUCAGAUAUUUGUUAAAUUUUGCAAUAUAUUUAUGGAAAUCCAUAGUUUAAAUUUCAUCCUUGUUAUGAAUCUGUUCCUUGUAUCAGGUUGUCAUUUAGAAUAUUUGUGAUUUAGGAAAUUCCAUGUAUUUUGUUGCAUAGUUUAUUUGAAAAAUGCUGAUAGAUAUAUUUUCUUCCUAGGGAAUAUUUUAAUUUAAGUUAAUACCCACAAUGUCAUUCAACACAGGAGAGGAAUUUUACUUAUGCACAGUAUGUGGAAAGAAAUUCCGUCGUAAAAGCUGUCUUAAAAUGCACUCAAGAAUACAUGGUGCAAAGAAAUCUUGUUUCUGUGUGAUGUGUGCUGAAACCAACAAGCAUAAUGAUGGCUCUAGUAAAAUACUACACAAUAUAAAGAAAAUGCAAAAAACUCAGCUCUCAGACAGUAAGAACAUUACUGCAAAUGGUAAGUCUGUUAUUGCAAGUAAAAAAGCUGGUUUAGCAACUGAGCAGCAAGGUUUGGUAGCAAAUAAACAUGUAACACAAGAUGAGCAUGCUUUAAUAAAUAUUGGCUGUGUUUCCCCAAGUAGAAAAUCCACCUCUUCCAAUGCAAGAUCUGUUUCUUUGAACAAUAAGUCAGUUCUGGUCACUGGAAAAUCUGUCUCAUCAAAUAGAAACUCAGAUUCAUCAAGUGGCAAAUCCAUCGUAGUCAGAGGAAAGAUAACUGAAAAGGGUGUUCUAUCAAGCAAGAAGGCAGCUUCAGAGAGUGAUAGGGGUACCAUCAGAGGUAAAAAGAAUGCAAUAGCCAACAGAACAAUUGUUUUGGAAAGCCUUAUGGCCAACAAUCGUGAUAGCAAUCCACUUAUGGCAAAUUUUAGAGACAGUUUCAAAUGGUUUUGUACAAAAUCUGCAUAUAAAAGUUUUCAUAAAAUUAGUAAUCAGUUAGUCUUAAACAUGAGUAACAUAACUAAGAAUAAUGAUCUGAAUAACAAAAUAACUGGAUGUAGAGACACUAUGAAGAAUGAUAUAAGAAAAGAACCAUGUAAUAACCACUGUAAGUGCAGAAUAUGUGGUAAGUCCUGUGGUUGUGACAGUAUUUUAAAAGAUCAUAUGAUUGUGCACUUGGAUAAGAAACUUCAUAGUGGACUGAAAUGCUGGAAGGUAAAAUUGGAGAGAUUGGAAAUAUGAAGAACAUGAAAUUUAUUUGAUAUUUACAGUUUCAAAGAACUUUAUAUAUGUACUGUUUUCUCUUUGUUAAUGCCGUGUAAUGCACAUUUUCUUGGUUGUAUGUACAUGUUAAAUACAUACAAUAAUGCAGAAUAGUUUUUUUAUUUUUUAAAUAUCUAUCUAUGUAUAUGUUUUCUCUCUCUCUCUCACACACACACAUUUGCACGUGCGCACAUGCACACACGCACACAUUCACGCACCCACACCCACACGCACGCACGCAUGCACCCACACACACACGCACGCACCCACACACACAUGCACGCAUGCACCCACACACACACCCACACCCACACGCACACACACACGCACACACACACGC